AUGGAGAAGUGCACAGAAUCACCACCUACCUUGCAGGUAGAGCCUUCCUUUCUUCAGGGGGAGAAUCUGAUUCUGCAACCACAAAUGCAGCAUCUGACUGAGGAGAACCCUGCUCUGAGAGGCCAACUCAUGCCUCCUCUGACUACCCCAAUGAUGUCUGUACCGUACUCACUUGAGAAUCUCACCCAGUUUCAUGGUGAUCCUGCCAGUGUCUCAGGGUUUCUUGCUCAGGUAACUACAUACUUAACAGCUUUCAAGAUUCCCAAUUCUGUUAAUGGUACCCAGAACAAGCUCGUUUUUGACUACCUAUCCCAACAAAUGGAAAGUUGUGGGGUCACAUCCGGAUCUGAUCAGAGUACUAUAUUAAAGCAACAUGAGAGCUUUGUUCAUGACUUCCAGCAGUCAUUUGAUGAACCCAUGAAACAAGAAAUGAACCCUUUGAUGAAUACUAAGGUUGACAAAGGAGACACCCCUUCUCAAAAUGUGACUUGUACUGAAACAAAUCUGAGUGAUCAGUUCCAAGAGGGACUAGUUGAGCCCAUCCAGGAUAAAGAGAGUGUUGCAGAUAUGAUGGGCAACCUCCCUGACCUGAUCAUUCAGUGCAUUCAGUUGGAUAAGAAACAUAAUGACAGGCCAGAGCUCCUACAAUCAGAGACUCAGCUCCCAACGUUGGCUUCCCUCACCCACCAUCAAUCUCUCUCCAGUACCACAGGCCUACCAUCUAGGGAAGAGUCUUCACAACUUCGGGGAGGCCAGUUACCUCUUACCCCAGCCAAAAGAGCCCGCCAACAAGAAACUCAUUUGUGCCUCUACUGCAACCAGGCUGAUCACUUCACAAGAGAUUGCCUUGCCAAACGCUCUCGAUCCCCAGCAAGUACAAACAAUCCAGAUCACCAGUAA